CGGACGCACGCGCUCUGGAUGGAAUGGCCAAAAUAAAAAAGUUCCAUCUGAUAGGUGUUGUGGAAUGUGGAUUGAGUCGCGAAAACCCAAAACAAAGAAGGUCUAUGAAGUUUCCUUCGAUUUUCGCAUUGCGAGGUUCGAAUUGAACGCGUUUCGACCACAGGCAACAUUUCCAACCCUCCAAAAAUGUCAACAGAGAGCGCAGAAAAGUGGGUUCCGCUCUCGCUGACCCUUGUGGAAUACCCAGAAGGAGACUACCUUGGAAAACUGCUUGCCCUGUUCAGCUUGAUUCCCUUUGCCAUCCUGGCUGGUUUUGCUGCUCUUAUUUUAUUCCGCAGGGACUUGCACACAAUAACUUUCUUCAUUGGCACGGCUGCUAACGAGCUGCUAAAUCUUAUCUUGAAACACACAAUUUGCGAAGCAAGACCAAUGGCAAGAAACAGUCUGUACACCGAGUAUGGAAUGCCUUCGUCACACUCACAAUUUAUGUGGUUUUUUGCCACAUAUUGUGUCCUCUUUGUUCUCAUAAGAUUGCAUCACAUGAACAAUAGCAGUACCCUCGAGAGCUUUUGGAAGCUAGGAUUAGUUUUUGGCUGCAUUUCCCUGGCAAUAAUUGUUGCCUGCGGAAGAGUUUAUCUACAUUACCACUCAUGGAAGCAAGUUCUCGUUGGUUCAUCUGUGGGCAUAGUUUUUGCAAUAUUCUGGUUUGCAAUGACUCACUUAGUCUUUUCUCCUCUCUUCCCAACUAUUGUUACUUGGAAAAUUUCUGAGCUGCUAUUGAUUCGGGACACAACCUUGAUUCCGAAUAUUAUGUGGUUCGAGUACACAAACACAAGGCAAGAAGCUAGGGCUCGUGGCCGCAAGCUCGUUACCAUGAAGUCCCAAUGACGGCAUCGCCCAGCGUCGAUGACCAAUACUCGAAGCAUGCUAGGCCGCUUGGCGAAGAUUUGCAGGAGAGCCAACAAAUAAAUAACAAGUGCACCCAUAGGAGAAUAAUUGUUACUCAAUGGCUGUGAUUGUCCUGCAGUAAUGGUGGAUGCACACCAGUACGCCCUCAAGGCUGACUCGGCAGCUUAAGACAUUUUAAUAAUCAAGACCUUAUGGUUAGCAACCGCAACGCACAAAUCAGUCUUUAGCAAUUUAUUCCAUUACAAUAUACAUAUAUUUAAAAUACCGACUGCAGUCCCAUUCAUUGAAGUCUAGAUGUGACAAAUUUGAUGUAUUUGUAUUGCCCUUACACAAUAAGCAUUUAUUGUUUUGAUAAAUAUACUCUUUCCAUUAAUUCAGUUUGCAGCGGCUUUAUGAUAUUUGUGGAGCUUGUGUGCGAUUCUGGUCCACUUGAUGGAACGGUUUGUGCUUGAAAUAACUCUGCGUUUUGGAUUUUUAUAAAUAACUGUGGAAAUUGAAGCCCAUGACAUAUUAUUGAGCUCUCGAGAACAAAGUGAUGUUAGGAGUUUCCACUCAUAUUUUGUAACUUUGAUGUGACACAACUCUGGUGCACCCCGUGUGGUACUUGUCGCUGAUCUAUAUUUACAAGAUUUUAAACCUGAUUGUCAAAGGAGAUCUGCUGUUGUACUUAACAAAUUGAUCGCCACAGCUUGUUUGUCACUGUAUCACAGACACAGCAGCUACCGUUUUGUUGCUCACUUUUUUAUAUGAUUUCUGAUGUUUGGAGUUUGCAUUUAAAUAAAUCAAAAUAUGUUGAA